AUGGACAACAUCGACGAAGAAUAUGACCGGCUUGUUGAACACCUUCACGACUGCGCGAAGAAGGCUGAGAGUUUUAAAACCAUCAAUAGACGUCUGUCUCUUGAAACUCUUGAGCUGAUACGCCAACGUGGAGCAGCACGAGCCGAAGGGAACCAAGAACUCACGUCCGAGCACGCAAGGCUUUGCAGAGAGGCGAUAAAGGAAGACCUUAAAGAGAGAAGAGCAGAAGUGCUGGCUGAAGCUGUACAGGCGGGGAAAAGCAUCCGCUAUGUCCGUCGAGUCUUUGCCGGCCGCAAGAUGAGGAUGACUGCUCUCCGGAACCCGAAGAGAACAACCAUUGCAUCGAGAAGGGGGAUGGAGAAAAUCAUUUACGACUUCUACUCUGAUCUCUUCGACAGCCAUGUCCACUUGCCUUCUCACCAUCUGAGGGGAAACGGACAUGUCAUUCCAGAGGUCCUCCUGUCCGAAAUACGACAUGCUAUUAAUGCUAAUAGGAUUGAAAAAGUCUUGGAUGAAGGACAGCCAUGGGAGCAAGCAGGGUUUCGAAAAGGAUUCAGCACGAUUGACCACAUUCACACUGUUUCGAAACUCAUCGAGGUAUCACGAGAGUACAAGAUGCCGCUCUGUCUCACGUUCGUCGACUUGAAGAAGGCCUUCGACUCACUUGAGAAGGAAGUGGUCGUGGAAGCUUUGGACAACCAAGGCGUCCCUACUCAGUACAUAAAGGUACUUCGAGAGUUGUACAGCAACUUCACGACCGAAAUUUCGCCAUUCUACAAGUACAGAGGGGGGUCCGACAGGGUGAUACACCCAAAAUAUUCACAGCCGCCCUCAAGAGCACAAUGUGAAAGUUGGAACGGGACGACAUGGGCGUGA